AUCCGCCUCUCCUCCCCGCCUCGAGUCCGUAACCGAAGACAGUCCAAAGCGGCAACAAAAUGGCAGUCUCCUCCUUCCCCUGCUCCUCUUCCUUCCUAUGUUUCGUUUGAUUCCGUCAACUAUCGGUCUCCCGUUAGAGCACAUCGCGUGGAUUGUCUUGCUCCCUUGUCCCUUAUUUAGUGUUCUUAGCAUUUCAUCACUAACACGUCCUAUAUCAAGAAACAUGGAACUUGUGGAAGUUAACCUUAAUGGGCCCAUGGAAAGCAUAGUGAAAUGUUCUUUUGAAGCAGAGUCAAGCUUGGUAAAGAACAAUUUUACUUGUAAACAUAUUCAGGUUCAUGUUAAUAGCCACUUUGGCCCUACCUCCGAAAAUGAUGAAAUGAAGGCUGAGCAUUUAUUUUUGGAUCCACAAACUGAAAUAGAUUUGAGUGAGGAUAUCAUGCUUAGGGACUCUGCGAAUGAUGAAGAUUGCCUAGCUAUUGAAGAUUUUAAAUUUGCCACUGAUUACAUGGAUCAGAGAAUACAUUUUGGCAAUUCUAAUCCUGAUGCUUUGUUGCUGCAGAAGUAUCAGUUUACUGAUAGGUUGUUCCAAGGAGUUAAUGAUGAAUCAUUUGGCUUCCUAAACAAGUUCUGCAGAAGCACCACUCCUGAUAUGCUUUUGGAAUGUUUUCAGAUGAAAUCUGCCUCUCCGAGUACAUCAUGUAUUAGAAGCGCCAGAUAUGAGUUGCAAGCUAAAAGCAGUGAGAAAUUUACUGAUCUUAAUGAGAUUUCUGACUUGCCCAAUGCUCUUGAUUCUCUUGCUGAAACUACACCUGACAGAGGGACAAUUUUCAUUAACAAUGCGACCGCUAAACAAUUUCCAGAUGACUUCAGUAGCAAUUUUGGGCAGGACAUAGAAAUGUAUUAUGAGCAGGUUCUCGGGCAUCAUCCAUAUUGUGGAUCUGGCAACCUUACUGAAAUUGAUAACUUUUCCAGUCCCUUCAAGUUUUUCUCUACUCCAAAUGAUGAUAUUGAUGAAAUGGUUUGGAUUCCAGAAAACCAUUUUGGAGUGUCUAGUCAGUGCAGAAGUAUGUCUAACGGCAUCCAGGUUGCUAAACAGAUUGAACAUUCUCUUGGGAAUGGAAUGGAAAGGCUUUCUGAAGCACAGAAUCGUGAUGUUGAGCUUUUGAUUUGGGAAAAUAAAGAAAAUGCUGGUAUAUCAAACAAGAAAUUGCGCAAGACGAGAAGAUGUACUGAACAAGCUUCAAACUUUAAAUCCAGAUGCUACGGAGAAACCAGAGGUGCAAUUCCAAAGAAACCGAGAAGUCUACGUACUCCUAGAAUUCGUCCAAAACUUGAUGAGGUAAAAGAGACCAUGAUAAAUGACAAAUUCUCAACUUCAGCAGCUGAAUCUAAACCCACAUAUGAGUCUGAAUUGCGAGAUGAUGCAUCAGAAAACUGGAACAUGAGAAUUAGAAAUUUAAAAUAUGGGUUUAGAAGGAAGAAGCACAAUAAGAUUUGGACACUUGCAGAGGUGAUGAAGCUUAUUGAAGGUGUUUCUCAUUGCGGAGUCGGCAGAUGGAUUGAAAUCAAGAAGUAUUCAUUUCCAGCAUUUGCUUUCCGCAAUUCUAUUGAUCUCAAGGAUAAAUGGAGAAAUCUGGUGAAAGCCAGCAAUGCUGGGCUACACAACAGGAGGCAGGUUGGGGGAUGCAAGAGACAAGUGUCACAGACGGUGCCAGAGUGCCUCUUGCAACGUGUAAGGGAAUUAUCAGUGAUUCCGGCCAAGGACCUCCGAGUCUCGUUCUGAUGCCAAACUCAGGAGCUCUAGAUGAUGGUAGAUUGAAAAAUUCUAUUCUUUCAGAUGAUAUAGUUUCUACUUUUCUUGUGGGGUUUGAAACUAAUGCUGUUUCUGGCUAAGGCAGAAAAUAAAUGCAUUGUUAUCUUUUCUGACUUGAAAGAUUGCAUUCAUAUUUACUCUAGACAUUGUACGUUUACCAACUUGUACAGAUUGUACUGAUUCUGCCGCA